AUGAAUUUAUUAUCAUUAAUUUUUUCACUAAUAUUACUAUUACUAUUUUAUGUUAAAAAUGAAGAUUUAGAGGAAGAAAUUAUAAUACAUAAUGUUGAAAAUGACUUUGUUUCUUUUUCUUGGAAUAUUCCAUCAUAUUAUCAAAAUAUAACUAAUUCAUACAUCUUAAGAUGUUCAUUAGUUAAAGAUGCACAAACUAGAAAUACAACUAAAGUUUAUAUUACUUCAUCAUCACCAAUCUUUAAUUCUCAUUCUUUUAUUUUUAAUAAUUUAAUUGGUAAUACUACAUAUCGUCUUAGUGUUGAAGCAUUUACCUUAUCACAAUGGAAUGAAACAAGAAGUAUAUGGUAUGCAUCUAAAUUAAUUCAUACAACAUUAGCAUUAUUAAAAUGGUUACCACCACCAAUAGAAUUAUCUGUUACUGAGAGAGGUCAAGAUUUUCUUGAAUUUCAAUGGAGAUUACCGACAGUUGCCAUUACCAGUUACGAAAGUAUGAUUAACCAACAUGAGUUAACAAUAUAUGAAUAUAAUCCUAUUACAAAAAUUUCAUCAAAACUUCAAUCUAUCAGUAUUAGAUUACCAAGUACUAGAGUUAUAAUUGACAGGCUCCAUCCAUCAACUAUUUAUAAUAUAUCUAUAAGAACUGGAACUGACUAUGGAUAUGGAUAUAAUGCUUGGGGGCUUUUUGCAACAUCUGAUAAUUAUAUGAGUGAUAGUGGUGUUUUAAGAUUAAAAGAAAGAACACCAAAUUCUUUAACUAUUACAUGGGAUAAAAAUUGGAUGCCAAAAACACCUAGUAAUAAAGAAGGUGGAAGAUAUACAGUUAGAGCUGUUACAAUUUAUAGUAUGUUUGGUAGUAAUAAAGAACUUUCUAUAAGUAAUGUAUAUGAUGGAAGUAAACCACAACCUGAAGUUAUUCUUAGAGGUUUAUCACCAGGAACAACAUUUAAUGUAACAUUAUAUGCUAGAAUAUAUCCACAAGAUAUUAUUGGAAAAAGUAAUACAAAUACAAAUGGAAAAAAUAAAUUAAAUAAUGAUAUUGUAAAAUUUAAAAGAAAAACAAUAGAAUAUAAAAAAACAUGGAAUUUAUUUUCAACACUUCCUCAGGGAGCAUAUCUUGUUUCAGAUCCUAGAAUUGCAGCAGAAACUGAGGUAGCAGCUUCUCUUGUCUGGCAUCCAAUAGAAAAUACUGAUGUUAUUGUUUAUUAUCAAAUAAGAUAUUUUUUAAUAGAUUCUAAAGAAACAACAAUGAUAACAACAUCACCAUUAUCAGAAAAAGAAGUUUUAUGCCCAAAAUAUGGAUGUGAUUGGUUUUGUUAUUUAAUUUUUAAUCUCAAAAAACAUCCUCGUCACUAUGAAUUUCAUAUUCGUGCACGUAUAGAUAAUAUAUGGAAUAAAUGGAUUGUUGUAUCACGUAAAACAUGGAAUUUAAUGGAAAGAGUAUGUUCUAUAACACCUCCAAAUUUUUAUGUUGAUCAUCUAACUUCUCCUGAAUAUAUGAGAGAGAUAGAAAUUGAUGAAAAAGAAUUUAAAAGAAUAGGUACAUGGAGGUAUUUAGUUAUUGUUGAUAAAAAAACAACUGAAAAUUCAGGAUUAGAAGGUAUUACUUCUAUUGAUAUGACACAUCUUACUGAUUUACCAACAGCAAAACAUGAUGACAUUUCUUAUUAUAUUGCUGCAUCAUUAACUGAAGAUAAUUUAAAAAAAAUGAAAAAAUUUAUAAUUGGUGAUGGUAAACAAUAUGGUGGAUAUGUAAAUUAUCCUUUAGAAGAUCGAGAUAAUGAUCCACUUUGGACUAUUAUGCCAAUAUCACAAACAGAAAAUGAAGUAAUGGAACCAAAACUAAAAUCAUGUGGUAUUAAUGAAAAAGGUGUUGUUGAGUGUGAAAUGUCAUUUAUUGAAAUGAUAUCUUUGAUACCAUCAUGGCUUACAAUUAUAGGUAUUUUAUUAUUGUUGCUUACGAUUAUUGCUACUUUCUUUAUAAUUUGGAAAUCCAUGAAACCAGAAUCAAAUCAAAAACAUUUUUCAAGGAGAACAUCAAUAAAUACAUACAAAAGAACACCAUCAAUAACAUUUAGUAGAACAACAAGUAUUCAUAAUAUUCCAAGAACCAUAACAACACCAAAAUCAAACUACAACAAUAUUGAAUACAUUCCAGUAAGAUGUGACAUUGAAAAAGAUAAUGAUAUUGAUUCAAUUUUAGAUUUUGAGAAAAUGUAUUAA